AUGUGUGGGGGAGGGGGGGACUGUGUGACCUUUCUACUCCCCCUCCCAUCCUCCCCCUACGUCCAGCCCUACCCAGCCCUCCAGCACCCAAGCCCCCCUCUGGCGACCAUCUGGAAAUUAUGGGUGUGGGGCGCCGUGCUCACGUGGGCGGCGCUGCUGGCCUCUGUCUCCCCCUCGCCAUACCCCCUCCCCUUCCUCCGCAAACCACGACAGGUAGAUAACGAUGAUGAAUUUGACGACAUCAGUGUGACAGGAGUAGGUGCACCUCACCCUUUGUCGACACACGCUUCGUGGACUCCCGCCGUGGACGAUACGCGGUCUCCCGGCGAACAGUUACUGAGGGACACAGCAGACACAGCCACCGCUCCUGCCCUGCGUCUCCCCACGCAGCAGGGAGGCAGGCAGCCAACACCCCGCCACACUGUUCAAGCCACACCCAAGCCUCUAACCACGCUCAUACUGAAGGCCAUGGGGAAGCCUAUAAAGAAGCGGUCCACCAGGUUGUUAUCGAAGGCCAUAGCACAAGCAACCAGGUUUGCCAGCACACUCAGACCCAAGACCACAACGCAGGUCACCACUAAUCUGCCGACCUGGUUCCUAUCCAAGACUACAACCCAACCUACAAACAAGCGAUCUACCACUUCCAGACCCAGGACCGCAGCUCACCCGACGCCUCAGCCCAGCACUCUGUCCUCCACGCACCCUCCACCUCUGCUCACCCAUCACGCUCCUGAAGGGACGUCCCAGGCCACUCGACGGCCCUUCCUUCCUACAGUAACACCAUCCCAGCAGGCCUUCCUCCCCACCGUCUCCUCUUAUUCGGCUGAGGAGAAGGAAGAGAUGGUCGACGGUUUCUUCCUUCCUACGUUGCCUCCUCACUUUUCCCCAGACAGUGAGGAACAAAGCGUCUCUUCAGAGUACAUAGAUUUGGUUUACUCCGCGUCAGAGGAUGACAUGGCUGUGCUUCCAUUCAGUCACUCGUCCUCAUCCUCCCAUUCACCACUCAGAUCCCGUCAGGCUGCCGUGUAUCCUGACGACCAGUCAGCUGGUGAUGACGUCCACAACCGCCUCUUCCAGUUACUCCAGCUCCUGCACGCUCAUCAGGACAAGCUGCAGUCCUUUAUGGAAUCCGCCAAUCCAGCUUCUCCUUCCGCACACGGCCGACAAACUUCACCCUCUGUAUCUGAAGAGUCUGCACCUCCUGACAGCAACGCAGCCGAUAGAUUCAGCAGACAGGCUCAGCUCCCACAGGCUCAAGCAAAUCCAGCCCAGCAAGCGGCUCUCAGAGCACUGUUGCUCCGUGCACUGCUUUCAUCUGCCCAACCACCCGCUGAGUCAGGCCCGUCAGGAGAUGAUGUGCGCGGGGCAGCUCUGCGGAACGCUCCCGUCACUGCGGACCACAUCGUGUCCUCGGUCUCGAACAAUGCCGUAGAGUUCGACUCCCCGACGCUGCAGCAGUCCCUGGUGCGGGGCUUCAGCUUCUCGGCGGGCUCCCCGACGGUGAGGAACUCCUCGCUCAGCUUGGUCAGAAGGUCGGCAGAGAGAUCCAGAUUUUUUGACAGACUUUUUGAAGACGCGACGAGGAGCAGACUGGAGGACAGGUUCGGUGGAGGGGCGAGGGGCAGAAUACUCACGAGACUUCUGGGAGGGGCGAGUGGAGGGGCCUCGCCGCUUGGACGACUCUUUGAAGGCGCGGGUGGCGGAGGUGGAGGGUUGGGAGGACUUCUUGAACUCCCCGAGGUGGGCCUUGGUUUGUUCCGGAUGCUGCUUGGAGGAGACAGGGGACGUGGCGGCCGCAGGGAACAAAGCAGGAGUGGGGAUAGCGGGAACACGCCGUCUGGACCUCCCGUGUUUCUGUUCAUGGAUGAUGGCGCUACCGCCCCAGCACCCGGCGCGCCCUCCACGCCGAGCGCUCUGCCCGUCCCCAACGACCAGUCCAACAAUCUGAUCCGCACCUUGCUCAACGCCUACACGCAGGUUAGCGGCCAGGCGCCCGCCAACCACGCCCAGGCUUUGCUAGACGCAGCGGCUUACGUCAAUGCAAAGACCACGGGAGUUUCUCAGCCCCCUCCCAGCCCCCCACAGCCGGCACACAACCCAGCACAGAACAGUCAGCUGCUGCUACAACACGCCCUGUUGCUGCAAUAUCUCCAGUUGAUGAGAAAUACAGAAUUGUUAAGAAAUGCACAAAGAUUGCGUUAUGCACAAGCUCUACGCAAUGCACAGGCUCUUCGAAACGCUCAGGCUUUACGAAAUGCUCAGGCCGUACGUAACGUACCACUGCCUGCAGCCCCCGCUCCUCAGCCUGCUGCCUACGCCGCCCACACCGCCACCGCUGCCCACACUGUCCCCGCUGCCCCCGCUGUCGCCGCUGCUCCUGCUGUCGCCGCUGGCCCUGCUGUCCCUGCUGCCGCCCAGCCUCAUGCCGCGGCACCGGCGGCAAACCCCCAGACAGCCGCCGGCCUGCAGCAGCUCAUCAACACCCAGACGCUGCUCAACGCUCACCUGCUCCGCAACACUCAGUCCUUCCUCAAGGCACAGGCGCUGCUCAACUCAGAGUUCUCCUCCACCACCACCACCACUACCACCACCACCCCCUCUCCCUCCGCCCUUCCCCCCACUAUACACCUAACGAUAAACCACAACACGGAGGAUGAUGUGUCCUCUGCUUCCCUGAGUCGACCCUCCCUCAGCCAGUCCUCCCUGCAGUCGUCACCCCCUUCCGCCUCCAAUGUGAGAACCAUCACCAUCCCGCUCUCCUCACUCCAAGCGCCAAGCGGUCAGCAGCAGCAAACAUUUGGCUGAAGGACACUGCCUCAUGCUAAAACUUCUUCAGUAGCUACAGUAAACCAAACUACAUUGUCACCAAAACCUUGAAGCGAGGAGGCUCAGUGUACAGUAUGCAUGUGUCAUCCUUGAGUACUCCUAGCGAUGCAGGGACGUCACCUCACCACGUGGAUGUCUUCAGUACGCCGUGACUGAGGAACAUUCAUCGGCUUCAUUAUCAUUAGCUUACAUAGUUCAAGUAUGCACAAGACACAGACUUCCUCCAGUCCCCUCCAUACAUCCUCGUCCGCUGUCCAUCUAUUCCAGGCCGCGACACGUCACCACCACUGUCACGGGAAGCCUCAUGUCCUCACCAGAACCACAGGUGUUGCAGAAUUGUUGCUGAGGAGUGCUGAGCUGCAACACAAGACAGACCAGUGUUGGUACCAGGCAAAAUCAAACAUCUAGGUGGUGGAAGUGACGGUGGAUCAGCAGUUGGUGGAAGAGAUGAUAGUGGAGCAGUAAAUAGCAGGAAAGACUUUAGUGGACAAACAGGAAGAAGAGGAGGUGGAGAUGGAGGAGGUUACAGCGCAUCAUUAGACAUUAGAAAAGGUGUUAGUGGAUCAGCAGGAGAAGGAAGUGGAGAUAGAAGAGAUUACAGUGCAUCAGUAGACAUUAGAAGAGGCGUUAGUGGACCAGCAGGAGGGAGAGGUGGAUGUGGAUAUGGAUAAGGUUAUAGUGCAGCUGUAGAUAUUAGAAGAGGCGUUAGUGGAUCAGCAGUUGGUGGAGGAAGGAAAAGCUCACAAGGAUCCUCGAGAAAGGGGAAAAAAUCAUCCUUGCCGUGAUCCUUGUCGUGGCUUUAUGUGAAAACUUGAGUAUUACGUACAAUGGAAGCACUGGAUCGCAACCAAACUGGAUAUAGAAAACAAGACGUAACACACGCAGAGAUACUCACCUGUGUCUCUGCACCUCUGAACACGUAAUGGAAACUGGAAAACUGGAAAGAUGAGUAGAUUAUGUAAAGAAAUACUUGAUAUUCAUAUUGAGAACUGUCCAUCUGUGUCUGUCUUUACUUGUGAACUUUUGGUGGAAACAGAGAAAACACUUGGCAGAUUAUUAAGAUCAGUGUACGAGUGAGCGUCGCCUUUCACCCCACGUAGUGAAGACACCAAGGCCAGUACUCUGAAAUGCUUUGCUCUCCCACCACGACUAUUCUCAAAGGCCACAGAGAUAAUCAGACGGGUUUCUAAAAUUGUUUACCCUGUUAAAAAUGCAGAAAACUUGUUAAUUUGUCACUUUUUACCACAAAACUCAAUAAAAAAAAAAAAACGCGUAACUUCACCUAAAGAUUUUUGGAUGUAGUGGAGGUGUGGGCAGAGAUGUUUCAGGAUAUGGUGCCGAGACUCGCCAAUUUGUAUAUUCAGAGUUGCGAUCAUUACCUGGCUGCCCUUAACGAGUCAGAAAAGGUGCCAAAUGCAGGUGUUUGGGGGACUCGUGACCUGAUUAAUUGCAUCUGCCUCGUGUAUUGCUAUUAUCACCAUUAUUAUUAUUGUUAUUAUUAUUAUUAACAUUGUCAAUAUUAUCAUUAUUAUCAUCAAUAACAUUUAUGAUUAACUAUAACAGCCAUUGCUAUUAUUACUAUAAUUUGAGUAUUACUACUAUUACUACUACUACUACUACAGCUAAUACAGUAUUAUUAUUAUUGUUAUCACUACUACUACUACUACUACUACUACUGUUGAUAUUGUUAUUGUUUCCUUUGUUGGUCUUGUUAAUUGUUAUUUGUUCCCAUUGUUAGUGAAAUUACUAUUGUUAUAGUUGGCCAUACUGAAAUAUAGUUUUCAUAA